AUGAUCUUUACUGCACCAGCUUACGCUCCGGCGUUACCAUCUCCUCUGCCGCUUCAACAGACAAUCGGCGACUUUUGUCUGGCAAAACGGCGUGAAAGACAAGGUGCUUCCGAUCCACUCUUCAUUGAGGCAGCCAUUGAUCGAAAAUGGACUAUCGACGAUAUUGAAGCUCGCCUUGGCCAGAUGGCGGCAGCAUUGAGCUCAGCAUGGCACAUUGCCCCCGAACAGAAGUGGCACAAAACCGUUGCCAUCUUGGCUUCGAACUGUGUCGACACCCUGAUUCUAUCAUGGGCCAUCCAUCGCAUUGGUGGUGGGUGUCUCAUGCUACAGCCUACAAGCUCAGCUGAUGAAAUGGCCGCUCACAUGGAUCGUGUGCCACCAUUUGCCAUGUUUGUAUCUCAAGAUCUUCUUGCUCUCGGAAAAGAAGCCUUUCAGAAGAGCUCUUUGUCUUCAAGUGUGCCAUUCUACAGCUUCUCAGAGGCCCCCAAAUCUCAGCAGACGGCAGUGCCAGAGACAUCGCAAGACUCACUCAAGAUGUCUACUCUUGAUGAUUUGAUGGCGGUGGGUAAAGAUUUACCUCCACUUGAAAAGACUUCCUUAUCAGAAGGCGAAGCAAGUCAACGUGUGGCGUACUACUGUACCACCAGUGGCACAUCUGGUUUCCAGCGUGUUGUUGCAAUCACACAUGAGAACAUCAUUGCCAGCAUUCUUCAGGCUGGAUUGUUCAUAGAGGCCACAAAGGGGCCCGCCUCUGAGGUUACUCUGGCUUUCUUGCCGUUCAACCACAUCUACGGUCUCUUGAUCACACAUACCUUUACAUGGCGUGGUGAUAGCACUGUGGUUCAUAGUGGCUUUAACAUGAUGGAAAUCCUCAUUUCCAUUGGCAAACAUCGUAUCAACACGCUUUACCUAGUUCCACCCAUCAUCAAUGCUUUAUCACGUAAUGCGUCUAUUUUGGAUAGAUUCGACAUGAGCUCGGUUCGAUAUAUCGUUAACGGUGGCGGACCUCUCACAAAGGAGGCCUUCUUAAAGAUGCAAGCCGCGCGCCCAAAUUGGCAAAUCAUUCCAGGAUGGGGUCAAACUGAGGGUUGUGGUAUUGGAUCUCUCUCCUCUCCGAAAGAUAUUUUCCCAGGGUCGAGUGGAGUUUUGCUUCCUGGCGUCCGCAUCCGACUAAGAGAUGAUGAUGGCCGCAUCGUCGAAGGUCUUGAGGCGAUGGGUGAGAUCGAGAUCGAAUCUCCUAGUGGUCUUCUUGGUUACGUCGACCAUGCCGACGAGGCACUCCUCCCUCCCCCUAAAGAUGAGGAAUUUUGGUGGCCAACUGGAGAUGUCGGUCUCUUCCGUAUUUCGCCUAAUGGCGAGCAACAUUUGUUUAUCGUUGAUCGCAUCCGUGAUAUGAUCAAAGUCAAGGGCAAUCAGGUUGCCCCAGGCCAGAUCGAGGACCACCUAACCAAGCAUGCUGCUGUCGCCGAAACUGCCGUCAUCGGUAUCGCUGACGAGGUAGCGGGCGAAAGAGCUUUAGCUUUCAUCGUUCGAGAGCCUUCAUACGCACGCGAAAAGAGCGAGGCCGAUCUUCGGAAGAUAAUACAGGAGCACAACGAUCUGGAGCUGCCCGAGGUUUGUCGUCUGCAGGAUCGCAUCAUAUUCGUUGAUGAACUUCCCAAGAGUGCGAGUGGCAAGAUCCUUAAGCGGGAGCUGAGGAAGCAAGUGGCUACGUGGAGUCCUCCGAAGAAGUAA